AUGCUCGCUCCAUUCCCUUCCACACAGGAUCCGUUGCCCGUUCUUGCACCAUCAAUCCCCAAGAGCAAAGCGCCAAUGGAAGAAUUUGCGGAUGAUGUCGAUGACGGAUAUGCAAGCAGGUACAUUCCUCCCCGGAAAAUGUCCCAUUGGAAGCAUGUGUUGGGUCGAUCCAAUUCCUUGGACCGAAUUUCCAACGGAGGUCAACACCUCGACUGGGAAGAGCCUCCGGGAAAUGACGGAUGUGAGCAGACAGCGGCCCAAUACCGCAAUCUGCUCAGCCCAGUUCAGCCAUACUACGAAUCGGAGCACGAUGAACUGUUCUCCGUGUCAGAAUAUGAGGGCAGUCCAAGAGAAAACCGCGAGAGUCAAGAUACCAACUGGAGCUUUCUAUUUAGAUCCUAG